AUGGCAGACGCUGCAUCAGGCUCCGCCGAUAAAUCCGUACAAGUCAAGCUCGUCCUGCUCGGCGAGGCCGCAGUCGGCAAAUCCUCCGUCGUCCUCCGCUUUGUCUCGAACGAGUUCCAGGCCAACAAAGAGCCCACCAUCGGCGCCGCCUUCCUGACCCAGAAAUGCCGCCUCGAGGACCGCGUCCUGCGCUAUGAGAUCUGGGACACCGCCGGCCAAGAGCGCUUCCACUCCCUCGCACCCAUGUACUACCGCAACGCCCAGGCCGCCGUCGUCGUCUACGACGUCACCAAAGCCUCGAGCCUCGAAAAGGCCAAGACGUGGGUCAAGGAGCUCCAGCGGCAGGCGAACCCCAACAUCGUCAUCGCCCUCGCAGGCAACAAGCUCGACCUCGUCACCCCCGCCCCCGCCGCAUCGGGCAGCGGCGCCCUCGGCGAGUCGGAGGACGAAGCGGACGACGCGACCGCCACCCCUGGCGAGGCCGCCGCCGCCGCCGCCGGAGCCGCGGGCGCGGGCACGAGCGACGCGGAGGGCCUGCGGCAGGUGCCCCGCGAGGAGGCGCAGGCGUACGCGCAGGAGGCCGGCCUGCUCUUCUUCGAAACGAGCGCAAAGACGGGCGACGGCGUCGUCGAGGUGUUCACCGAAAUAGCCAAGAAGAUCCCGAUCGAGCAUAUAUUGGCGUCUUCGCGUGGUGCCGCAGGCCGACCAGGCGCCGGCGGUGGGCGCGCCGGCGGCGCAGCGGAGGGCGUCAACCUCGACGAGAACCAGCCCAAGGGCAAGGACGCGUGCAAUUGCUGAGCUGCGCCUGACACGUACCUUCCUGCCAGGCCGCGCUCUCGCCGGCUCCUCGCUAUCGUCUCUCGACUCUCUCCGGCCGCUUUCUUUCAUUCUUUGUGACGUGAUGUGAUGUGAUCUCUAUAUACAUGGUCUCCGCCCUACCCUCUGCAUUACAUGUAAUCUGCUUUUAUGACCCCCGGACUCCUAGAGCUGGUAUUCUGUCUGACCACACCGAGUCCAUGCAUUAUACUCGAAACAACAAAAAACGACAACAACAACAACAACAAAAAUGAUCUGCUGACUGAACUGCCUCGACGAUCCGCGAUCUACGAGAACCGUAACUUACAACUGCGCCCGACCCGCCCCACAUCAGUGCUCGUGCAUCACGUCCACGUACGGCGGCGGCCUCGCCACGUGCUCGUGCCCGCCCUCACCGUCGUCGUCAUCAUCAGGGAUAAGAUACGGCGGCGGAGCGUGCGACGCCGGCGCGCCCCCCUCGCCCGUGGCCGGCGGCUGCAGCUGCUGCGGCGGCGAGUGGUGAUUAUGGAGGUGAUGGUGGUGGUGGUGAUGGUGCGGGGGCGGCGGCGACGACGCGGGAGCGCCGGGCAUCUGGUGCGGCACGCCCUCGCGCGAGCGGUACUCUGAGUGGAUCGACGGCGGCGGGUCGGACGGGUCGUCCAUCGGGGGCGGC